AUGAGCCAGCAGUAUGCACUUGUGGCCAAAAGUAUCCAGGGUUACAUUAGGAGGACCAUUGCCAGCAGGUUGAGGGAGGUGAUCCUGCCCUUACCAGCUCUGGACAGCUUUCCUGCACGUUUUGGAGGAGUCCAUUUUGUCAAUCAGCCGUGGUACAUCCAUGCCCUGUACACGCUAAUCAAACCGUUUCUCAAAGACAAGACAAGGAAAAGGAUCUUUCUUCAUGGUAACAACCUGAACAGCCUUCACCAGCUAAUACACCCCGAAUGCCUGCCCUCUGAAUUCGGGGGGACUCUUCCUCCCUACGACAUGGGCACAUGGGCUCGAACGCUGCUUGGUCCCGACUACAGCGACGAAAACGAGUACACCCACACCUCCUACAACGCCAUGCACGUGAAGCACGCGUCCUCCAACCUGGAGCGGGAGGCCUCGCCCAAACCCAUGAAAAGGUCCCAGUCUGUGGUGGAAGCCGGCACACUGAAACACGAAGACCCAGGAGAAAGCGAGAACACCCAACCACUGCUGGCUCUGGACUGAGGUCCCACAUGCCCAGCAGACACAGAUCCAUGAACAGACUUCCACCAUACCAGAAACCCACAGAGCACACCACACACAGACACACGCACACACACACACACGUGUUUUGCUUGAUGGCGAGUCCUUCAUGUUUCCUGACCAAGUAACAACUGUCACCAGCCAUCUGUCCGUGCGGCCGACGCUGAACAAAAACUGAGAAAUUUCUAUUGACACAAGAAUCUGUCCAUAUACAAAGAAUUUCUUUUUUUUUUUUUUUUUUUGACUUAUGACAUUAAAAUAUUGGAAAUUAUAGAAAUGCAUUCUCUGUUUAAACAAAUCAGGGUAUGUCAGUAGUGUCCUGAAGACUUCAUCAGGGAUGCUUAUUUUAUAGAAGCUAAGGUUGAGUUUUAAAGAAAAGCAUCUCAAAUUUAAACUUUGCACUGUAAUCAGUAAGUGUAAUCUGGAUCAGAGGGCAGAAUCAUCAGCAUUUACAGAGUACUCCAGUUUUACAGAAGGAUUUUGCAUUGAAAAAAAGAAAAAAAACCCAACAAACAAAAAACCCAGUGCCAGCAUAAUGUCAUUCAACACGAUACUUUGUGACUGCCUCAUCCAUGCUGCUUAUACAGGGAGGUCACAUUUCAGUAUCUAGCAAAAAUCGUUCUCAACUUUUGAAGCCCUCAUAAAACCGUCAGCUAAAGUGGAAUGAGCUGUGUGGGCAGCAGACGCGCACAAUUUGAAAUGCAACUAUUUAAUUUUAAUGAUGUGUUUUUCCACAGGCAACUCAGGAGCCUAUUAGAUAUGUGCGUGUGCAUGUGUGUGCACGUGUGAUGGUGGGGGGGUGCCAGGGAGACCCAUUGGACACAUUCACCAGUGAUUUAUGGUUCAAUCCAGAUUGUUUCGUUCAGGUCACAACAACAAAUGAAAGCUCUGCAGAGCCAUUUGUCCCCUUCCCUCCUGCAGUCAAGGAAAGGUGUAGCCAGAAGGGAAUGCUGAUUGCAGAUACAGGCCAUGGCUAAAAUGGAAAAGGAAAACUUCUAAUUAAUUUUUCAGUACAAGCUCCUGCUAGAAGGAAAUGCUGAAGAAUAGAAGAACUGAAAUGCCAAAGAUCAGUUUGUUAUUUCUGUUUGCUCUAGCUGCAAAGAGUACCAUCCCUUCAUUGAAAUGGAAACCGGAUUAAAGAAAUAAAAGAAAAAUCAUUA